AUGGAAGCUAAGAAAGUAGCUUACGCUAAGUUAGUAGAGAGCACUGAUGAGGAUCAGAGGAGAGAGAACAGAGAAAGAUAUAAGGAGGCAAGGAAGGAGGCGAAAUUAGCGAUCACAAAGGCUAAGACUUCUGCAUUUGGUCGGCUGUAUGAGGAACUUAGGGGCAGAGGUGGGGACAAGAAGUUAUUUUGCAGGGCCAAAGCUAGAAAGAAGAAGGCUCGUGACCUGGAUCAAGUGAAGUACAUCAAAGAUGAGGACGACCGAGUAUUGGUAGAAGAGGCCCAGAAUAGGCAAAGAUGGCAGUUGUACUUUCAUUAA